CAACAGGCGAGAGUGAUCACGUGACAUGUCUAAAUAUACCGCUGAAAAACAGAAACAUGUCCAGUUUGUCGUAAAGUCGCGGCCCGUCGGCCAAAUUGUCUCCAGAAUUAUUUCGAUUGUUUUUUUUAUCUGAAAGGCUUUACGCGAUACGGGUUGGUCUAUGUCAAUGACAAAGGACACUCUGUGAAUAAGUGCUGUGAAAUAGUGAGUGUCUUGUUUUUUGGAGAAGUCAUUUAGGAGUGACAGCUAAGAGAAUUCAAAACUAAUUCAGUAUGUUGCUGAAAAUAUACUAAGUGACAAAAAAGACACCUACGUUUUUUGAAUCACCCUGUAUGACUAAUAAAACAAACUAUUACAUUAAUGAUAUCGUUACGUUAAUACCUUGCUGUCACGAACUCUCAGUGGAAUGGAGGAGAUACAAGAAUUAGAAUCUGAUACUGGGAAAAAGGCAGCUCUGAAUAACCUGGACUCUGUAGUCGACGCUGUCGAUAGAAAAGCUUCAAGUUUGCAAAGAACCUGUAAAUGGGCUGGAUUUAAGCUGUUCGGCUCUGUCAUUUCUUUCUCAAACAAUAUAGCGAAGCAAAUUGGCAAAAGUGCCACUGAGAAUAGAACGGCUGUAUCUUCCAAGAGCAAAAGAAUGCCUAAUCAAAGAAAAAAGUCGUCGGAACGUUCGCUGUGCCCUCAAUAUGUUUUAGAGGAAGCUAGAAGACGAAUAGAAAAUGGUGAAAGCAAAAGAAAAGUAGCAUCGUCGUACGGAAUGAAAGAAAGUACUUUGCGGUAUCGCCUGAAGAGAAAAGGAGCUGCAACAAAGCUUGGUAGAUAUGAUGCAACUCUUUCUCCCGAAAUUGAACAGGAAUUUUGUAAUUAUUUGGAAGAUCUUGACAAUAUGUUUCAAGGGAUGACUCCUAAGAAUUUGAGGAUUGCUGCUUACGAGUUUGUGGUGAAAAAUAAUAUUCCUCAUCGUUUCAAUGCCGAAAAGAAAAUGGCAGGCAAACACUGGCUUCGUGGAUUUCUCAGUCGGCACCCAGAUCUUUCACUAAGACGUCCAACUUCCACAAGUAUUGCUAGAGCGAUGGGAUUUAAUAAGCCACAAUGUGAAAGGUUCUACAAAAAUCUAGCAGAAUUGAUGGACAAGUAUAAGUUUCCUCCAACUUCCAUUUAUAAUAUGGAUGAAACUGGUCUGUCUACCGUACCCAACAAUCCUCCAAGGGUCAUAUCAAAAAAAGGAAAGCGCGCUGUUAAUAAGAUUUCUAGCGCUGAAAGAGGAACGAACGUAACCGUAGUAAAUGCUAUGAGUGCAUCUGGACACUUCAUUCCUCCCGCUUUCAUAUUCGGUCGCAAAAGGAUGAAAGCAGAAUUGCUGGAUGGCGCACCACCAGCGUCUAUUGGAAUGGUCUCAGACACAAGUUAUAUUAAUAGUGAACUUUUUUUAAACUGGCUAGGUCACUUUAAAGAUCACACAAGACCAACUAAAGAACACCCUAUCCUUCUGGUUCUUGACAAUCAUGUGUCGCAUUGUACAAUAGGGGCUGUAUGUAGACUUUUAUCGAGCGAAUAA